UCCCAACUAAAACUUCUCAUCCAAACGAACGCCCUUCCUUAUAUAAGAUCCUUUCGACCUUCCCAGAAACAAUUUUCUACGGCCAAAAGCUGGCUCGUAGCAAUCGCAUAGUCCUAGAACAUUUACCAAGAUGAUUUCUUAUCAUAGCAAGCCAUCCUCUCUAGCAUCCAGGAUGAGAAGAGCAGCGUUCGCCCUCCAGUUGUUCUGCUUCCUGUUCACGCACGGGGCAAUCGUAGAUCAGGCUGCUCGGCUGCGGCAAUUCUCCUCGUCAAGGUUGGAGAUACAGUGCCACCACAAGGACAACAAGGUGCACGGCAGAUCGCACGUCGACCGUGCGACGACGAACAUAAGUCCUCAGCCUCAGGAUGGACUCAAGGAGGCGGACAAGGUCAGUGAACUCCCUGGGCAGCCAGGGCCUGCUGUGUUUGAUCAGUAUGCAGGCUAUGUCACGGUCAAUUCCACAGCAGGGAAAGCCCUCUUUUAUUACUUUGUGGAGGCUGCUCAAGAUCCUUCCACUAAGCCCUUGGUCUUGUGGCUCAAUGGAGGGCCUGGAUGUUCUUCUCUGGGUGGUGGGGCUAUGCUUGAACUUGGACCUUUCUUCGUUAAUAGCGAUAACAAGACACUGUCCGCAAACAAGUAUGCAUGGAACAACGUGGCGAACAUGCUCUUCCUUGAGAGCCCUGCUGGCGUAGGCUUCUCAUACUCAAACACGACUUCAGAUUACAACAACACAGGUGACAGCAAUACUGCGGCAGAUGCAUACACCUUCCUCAUCAAUUGGCUUGAGAGGUUCCCAGAGUACAAAAGCCGCGACUUCUUCAUAACUGGUGAAAGUUACGGUGGACACUACAUACCACAGCUCGCCAACACCAUACUGUCCAACAACAAAAUAGCCAAUGCCCCCGCCAUCAAUCUCAAAGGAAUUGCUAUUGGGAAUGCAUACUUGGAUGAUAAUACAAACACAAGAGCGUCCAUGGAUUACUACUGGACACAUGCUAUGAUCUCAAGAGAAACUCACCAGGCAGUUCAGCAACACUGCGGCUUCAAUGGAACAUACACAGGAGACUGCCGAACAGCAAUAACAGCAGCUAACAACGAGCUAGGUGUCAUUGAUCCAUACAACAUAUAUGCAUCUGUCUGCUAUAAUGCUUCCGAUCCCCAAAAUCUGCAUGGAUCGGCAGCCAACACCGACCCUUGUGCCCCGUACUAUAUCCAAUCAUACCUGAACCGCCCUGAGGUACAGAGAGCGCUACAUGCUAACACCACUGGACUGAAGCAGCCAUGGUCCGAUUGCAGUGGUAUUAUUACUCCUGAGAAUUGGAAAGAUGCACCAGUCUCUAUGCUACCAUCCAUCCAACAACUCAUUUCAAGUGAACUAAGCACUUGGCUGUACAGUGGUGAUACUGACUCGGUUUGCCCAGUAACCUCAACACUAUACUCUCUAGACAUUCUUGGGCUACCGACAAACUCAUCUUGGCGGGCAUGGUACUCCGAUGAUGAUCAGGUUGGUGGUUACGUUGUCGGGUACAAGGGUCUGGUAUUUGCAACAGUCAGAGGAUCUGGACAUAUGGUUCCUACAUACCAACCUCGAAGAGCACUCACCUUGUUCUCCUCAUUCCUGCAAGGAAGGCUUCCCCCUGAAUGACAGGAACAUUGCAAGCUUAUAUUUCUUUGUUUUUUAGAUUCAAAUAGAGAAUGGUGUCCAUCAGAAAUUCAGUUGUCAUUUUUUUUUAAAUGGAGGCAAAAAAAUUGCCCCUUUCCAUUAGUUAAGGAGAAGAGUUUUCACAAGAAAAUAGACAAGGCA